AUGCCAGUUAUGAAUUCAAAUAUGUGGAAGAUAACAACUGUAACCGCGGUUGCAUCAGGAUUGGUGACUACGGCAGUAACCCUUUAUACUCUGCAUUGUCUCGGUUACGGUAAAAGAUCAGCUCUUCCAGAAAGAAAAAAUAGUAUUGCAGAACUUAUAGGAAACACACCGAUGGUGAAGGUGUCAUCACUAUCAAAACUUACAGGAGCAGAUAUAUACGCCAAGUUAGAAAUGGCAAAUCCUGGUGGUUCAGCUAAAGAUAGGACUGCCUUGGCCAUAAUAAGAGAAUUUGAAGCUGAUGGAAAGUUGGUUCCAGGAAGAGGUGAUGUGGUCUUUGAAGGAACGUCUGGAUCAACAGGUAUUUCGUUUGCUAUGCUGUGUAAUUCUCUGGGAUAUACAGCACACAUUUGUGUUCAGAGUGAUGCCUCCCCCGAAAAAAUUGCACUAUUAAAAAGCUAUGGAGCAGAUGUGGAAAAGGUUAAGCCUGCAUCAAUUGUUGAUCCUGAACAGUACGUCAAUGCUGCAAGAAAUGGCGCCGAGAAAUUAACUGCUGAUCCGACAACAAAAGCUCAAGGAGUAUUUGCUGAUCAGUUUGAGAACGAUGUGAACUGGAGAAUUCAUUUUCAAACUACAGGUCCCGAAAUAUGGAAUCAAAUGCGACACAAAUUGGACUACUUUAUCAGUGGAUCUGGAACAGGUGGAACUAUAUCCGGAAUUGCUAGGUAUUUAAAAAGUCAAGACCCUAAUAUUAAUGUGGUUCUUGCUGAUCCUCAAGGUUCUGGUAUGUAUAACAGAGUGAAGCAUGGUGUUAUGUACGAUCCAGUGGAGAAAGAAGGUACCAGACGUAGGCAUCAAGUGGAUACAAUAGUGGAAGGAAUAGGUUUGAAUAGAGUUACACAUAAUUUCCUCGAGGGAGAAGAUUUUAUUGAUGAUAGUCAAAGGGUUACAGAUGAACAAGCUAUUAAAAUGGCACGUUUUCUUAAUUCCAACGAUGGACUCUUCGUUGGUGCUAGUAGUUCGAUAAAUGCUGUUGUUGCUGCGAGAGUGGCAUUAAAAUCUAAAAAGGGAACACAAAUUGUGAUUAUAGGAUGUGACUCCGGUGCCCGACACUUGUCAAAGUUCUGGAAAGAAGCAUUAAAGAUUCCACGUGAUGUCUCCUUGGAGGAGAUAAUCGAUGAUGCAGAACUAGCAAGUCAUAUCAUUGGUUCAUGA